AUGACGUUCACAGAGCUGCCCAGGGAACUCAUUGAAGAAAUACUGGUCGUCUGCGACCCAGUUGACCUGACCAGGAUAGCACAAACGUGUUCGCUCAUGCGGUCAGUAAUCUAUCUCGCCGAGGACAGCAAAUUAUGGCGAGAGAUGUACCUCGAGCUGCCUUUCGACGACCCAAGAAUAUGUGUCUCGCAAAAUGGCGUCAAAAUUUGCGAACCUAUCGACUGGAAGGGGGAUCUACAGAGGAUUGUGAGGGCGGAGACCGUGGUGGACAACUUAUGCGUGGUACGGCCUGGAGAACUUGAGAACGUACUGCAAACGAUUCUUCAGGUGACAUGCAACGUCCGCCCCUUGACAUCUCUCGAAGUCAACGACGACGUGGAGGACGAACUCUCGUUAAACCUACUCGGAGUAGCAGCGAAACUUCGACAUGGCUUCCUCGAUCGCUUGGAGGAGAUGGAAGGGUUGACAUUUGCAGAGCGCCAGCUAACUGCGCGAUUGCAUACGUAUUUCGGCCUUACGAAGAAAGACACCACUCGGCAGAGCAUCAUCAAGUCCCGAGCCUUCGUGUACUUCUUGGGCAAUUAUCGCCCCGAAACGGAGUAUGGUCCGUUCCUAACCACAGGCGCCGUGAAUUGGGAACACAUGCAGGCGAUACAUCACGUCGUUUCGGUACACAUUGUUGAUUUGGACGAAGAUCAGGAAUUCGAAUUCGCCUUUUUCCCUAUGAGUUUGCCAUUCACGCAGAUAGUCAUCCCGAAGGGCAUCGUGCUCGACGAAACAGAAGACUGGGUCGGAGUUGCGGGUGAUUGGAGCGUCUCUUUUUGUUUCUGUGACCAUAGAGAACUUUUACGUUUUAAUGAGGCCAGUGCGAAGGGACUGGAUACAUCAGUCUUCGAGGAUCCAGAAUUUCGUGAGGUGUUUCGCACUAUCGAAACUAAGCUGUGGUUCGCGAAGGCGGCGCCAGAUCCCGACCACCCGACAAGGCCGGUCAUCUAUUUCUACGGGGAGAUGCAAAGCCCAUCGUCAACGAUGACUGGACAUAUUAAGAUGACUGUGGAUAAUCAAGUCGCGUGGCAUUUCACUUCUGGAGAACAAGGAAAUGCUCUUUGGAGUUCUGCAGGCAUCCAAGUUGGAGGGCUGCAAUCCGGCUACGGCGUUUUGGGCUCGUGGUCUACUAUUUUCCACGACUCUGAUGAUCCCGUCGGACCUUUUUGGAUGCAAAAGCAUCGACACGAUGGUGUACAUGCGCCUUAA